AUGGUGCUUCAAUUAUUCAAAGGGCUUUCGGAGGAAUAUAAGCCUUUUCGGACUUCUGUACGACAUCUAAAUCCUCUGCCUUCUUUUGAUACUUUGCGAUCGAUGCUUGAACUAAAGGAGCAAGGCAACACAGCUAAUGUUGUAGCUGAGUCUCUUGCGGAGGCUCACGUUUCUCACUCCUCUUCUGUUGUUCACAACCAGAUCGGGGAGAACGUUCCCAAUUCUACUUAUUAUCAUGGUGCAAAUACACGUUCUGGUGGUCGCAAGAACAACAAGAACAAAGGGGGUGGAGGGAAAAAUAAAUCCGUCGCCGGGAAUGGUGGCUGGAACAACCAGCAGUAG